ACUUCAUGUAGAUAUUCCCCCCACUCCUCUCUCAUUUAACCAAUAAACAGAGGCAGAGCAAUGGCAAAUCAGGCAAAAAUACCAAACCGCAAGCAAACCAGCCAUACCCUUUAUUCCUCUCUUUAUCUAACCCAAAGUUCUCUCUUUUACGCCAUAAUCUCUCUCUCUCUCUGGAGUUCUUUCUCUCUAAAGCUUGUUAAGGUUGCGUGAAGAAUGGUGAAAUACCAGAGAUACAAUCUGUAUAAUCACUGGAAGAAAAACAAAGAACACGUGGUUCAUGAUGACGAAGAGUCCUACCUCCGUUCGAUAUGUGGAAACUCUGGUUACUGCAAUAAGAAGCCAAGUCCCAAGCUUUUAUAUUUCGCUGUUCUAUCUCUCUUAUCUUGCAGCUUGAUUUUGGCACCUCAGAUCCUGUCCUCAAACUCCAACUUCUCAGUAUUUUGGCUUGGUUCUGAACCAGAUGGAAAUGGUUUAUGUUCCUCUGUUCCUAAUGGAACUAUUUGUUGUGAUAGAAGCAGCAUGAGGUCAGAUAUAUGCAUAAUGAAAGGGGAUGUGAGAACUCACUCUGCCUCCUCUUCUAUCUUCCUCUAUAGAAACAAUGGAGUGAAUGAUUUUGUUUCGGCCCCAUCUGAUGGUGAAAAUGACGAGCUAGAAGUUAUUCAGCAGGAAAAGAUCAAGCCCUAUUCUAGGAAAUGGGAAACCAGUGUAAUGGCCACUAUUGAUGAGUUAAACCUCAAAGUAAAAGGAAAAGAAUCCAGCAUCCAUCACCGGUGCGAUGUCCAGCACAAUGUCACAGCUGUGUUCUUUUCUACGGGAGGCUUUACGGGUAAUCUUUACCACGAAUUUAAUGAUGGGAUUUUGCCUCUGUACAUUACUUCUCAGCAUCUGAACAAGAAGGUUGUUUUUGUCAUUCUUGAAUAUCAUAACUGGUGGAUCAUGAAGUAUGGUGACAUACUGUCUCAGCUCUCUGAUUUUCCGGCCAUAGAUUUUAGUGGAGAUAAACGAAUUCAUUGCUUCCCGGAAGCUAUUGUUGGCUUAAGAAUCCACGAUGAGCUCACUGUUAAUUCUUCAUCGAUGGAAGGGAAUAAGACUAUAAGAGACUUCCGAGAACUACUAAACCAGGCAUACUGGCCUCGAAUUAGAGGUCUCAUUCAAGAGGAGGAGGGUGAAGCUCAGUUGAAAACAGAGAAAUCUGCUCUAUCCCCAUCAUCAGAUAAUCUGAUAGAUACAAUAAAAGAGAAACAAGAAUCAAAGAGGCCUAAACUGGUUAUAGUUUCUCGGAAUGGUUCAAGAGCGAUUAACAACGAAGAUUUGCUGGUCAAAAUGGCAGAGGAUAUCGGGUUUGUGGUUGAAGUAUUAAGGCCUCAAAGGACAUCAGAACUUGCAAAAACUUACCGAGUUCUUAAUUCAAGUGAUGUUAUGAUUGGAGUCCAUGGUGCUGCCAUGACUCACUUUCUCUUUAUGAAGCCGGGUUCUGUUCUCAUUCAGGUCAUUCCUCUUGGCACAGAUUGGGCAGCAGAAACUUAUUACGGGGAACCAGCAGUGAAAUUUGGUUUGAGGUACAUUGGCUACAAAAUCCUUCCGAUGGAAAGCUCGUUGUACGAUGAUUAUGACAAAUAUGAUCCCGUUUUAAUCGAUCCACAGAGUGUGAAUGACAGGGGAUGGGAAUUCACAAAGAAGAUCUAUCUCGACCGUCAAACUGUGAGGCUGAAUCUAGGAAGGUUCCGUAAGCGCUUGCUGCGCGUGUACUACUACUCCAUUGCUCAAAAGAAGAAGAGUUUGCAUCGUCAAUCACAGUAACUUUAGCUCCUUUUCGAACAUUAUUUUGUGACAAAUUUCUUUUGGGUUAUCCGAUAUUUGUAUAUCAGCAAGCACAAAAGGAAAGAAUAUGAUUGUAGAGACUAGUGUAGUGAAUUGUCAUUUUGUAUAUCAAGUAGAAAAACAGUAAGCUUCUUGUGGUACAUAAAGAAGAUGUUGGGAAAAAAAGGGGAAAAAAAAAUAAAAAUUCUGUUAAUUUUCUUGUGUUUGA